GGUCUUAGUCAGUGAGAUUGAAACUUUGAAGAAAUGUAUUUAGUAAUCUGUCAAAAAUAUCUUUUAAUAUUUCAUUUUAUUUUGCUGUUUGAUGUCCUUAAUAUUCUACAACUUGUUGAUGCGAUGUUUAACAUGAAUAAGCCAUUUUUUAUUGUUGGGAUUUCAUACCCUUACGAGUCCUCUAAAUGCGGUAUCGUAAGCUCAAAAUCCGGUUUGAGAAUUUUUGGUGGUAAAAAAGCAAAAGAAGAAUAUCCCUGGUUUGUACUUCUCAAGAAACCUAAAGAAGAAUAUGGAUUUUGCGGAGGUUCACUAAUAACUAAGCAACAUGUUUUAACAGCCGCACAUUGCUACACCACAGAAAAAGACGAAAAAUAUUGGAAGAACGAGUACGUAAUCCUAUUUAACAUUAAAAAUGUCUGCAAGGACAAAGGCAAUAAAGUAAUUAAACAAGAUCGUGUAAUUAUUCAUCCGGGAUUUAAUUCAAAUAAUGUAUUCACUGAAGAAAAAGAGCUCUGUGAUAUUGCUGUUAUUAGGCUUGAGAAAAAAAUAAGAAAUACUAUUGUUUGCCUCCCAAAAGAUGAUAAACUUCCAAAAAAAGGAAUUAUUAUUGGAUUUGGAGCCACCUCCGAAGAUAAAAAUAAAAGUUGUGAACUCCAGGAAGCAUAUGUCAAUAUUCCUAACAAUAAAAUGUGCGGAAAAUCCAAGGCUGAGAAGACCUUUUCAAAGAAAGACAAUUUCUGCGCAAAAGCUGAGAAUUCUGACAGUUGCAAAGGGGACAGCGGAGGACCUCUUGUGCACGAAAAGGAUGGACAGUAUGUAGUUUAUGGUAUAGUUUCUUUGGGAUAUGGCUGUGGGCGCAAAAAUGCCACAGGUUUCUACACAAAUAUUAUUUCACAUCUACCCUGGAUUAAAAAUGUAGUGAAAAAAACAGAAACCAUCGGAGAUCUAUCCAAAAGCGUAUUAACAAAUUUUCUGAAAAAAUUGAAUUUAAUACACUUAAGAUCUUAAUGCAAUUAAUGGUAAAAGGGAAAGCUAAGAUAUUAAAAUUAUUUAACAAAUUUAAAAAUAAAAUUUUUGUCUUAUAAAAUUACAAAAAAAAUCAAUUACUGACGAAUUUUGCAGGCAGAAGAUCUAAAAACUAAAAUUUGGAAGAACCACUAAAAGUACUAACUACCUCAUAUAGCACUGAAAAUCAGUUCGUCAAGUUUCGUACUGUAAAAAAGUGAUGAUCAAAGGAAAUGAAAAUCCUUCGUUCAUUAAAUCAUCCCAAAACUAGAAAUGUGCAAAAUUUCAAAAAAUCGGUUACAUUAAUUUUCGGUAAAUCUUGACAAUGGAUUUCAAAAAAAGUUUUAAGAUUAAACCGUUUAAUAUUGGUUUAAAGAAUUUUAUCUUAAAGACGCUUCCCCUAGCCGCCCUAUACAUAUCUACUACAGAGCUUAUGCCAAAUGUAAUUUUCAGGAAAUAUAUACUUAUCUCGCUGUUAUAAUAGAUUGUAAUUACAAUUGCAAUUACAAAAAAAUAAAUAAAAUAUUUGUUUUGGAAUUAUCAAAA